GCUUGCCUGACAAAUGUAAAGGAAAAGAAGGGAAAAUACUCGAUCUCCCUCUCUAAACAAGCGGCCCGCCCCAGCCUCAGGAAAUGUCGAUUCAAGGCCAUAUCCUGGAGGUGAGAGUUGAAUUUGGUGUCAAUUUCAAGCAGAGCGGAGCAUACGUAUGCAUUAUCUACAACAAUGAAGUAUAUCAGACCUCCAUAGCUAAAGAUGGAGGUACCAGCCCGAGGUUUCACGAGAACAUCAGAAUUCCUCUUGUGGAUGGCCUCCGGGAAUUAUCAAUUGUGGUUCGCAGAAGAGGUUACUUUGCUGAAGAGGUCAUUGCAACGGGAAAGGUUCAACUAGAUGAGGUGCUAAGAGAAGGCAAGGAUCACUCACUUUGGCCCCUACAGUAUCAGUGCAGACGAACCGGUGCCACUAGAUCAGGAGGUCAGAUAAAGCUGGCAAUGGAAUACGAAAGGCCCAGAGUAACUGCAACUCCAUGCCCUCAAGCGCCAGCAGCAGGAUCAGGCUUCCAUCCUCAUGGCCGACCUGAUUUUUAUCCGUCAACGGAGUUUCCUCCACCAACUCCUCCUCCAAGAUAUGUACACCCAUCAUUUCACAGUCAUCCUGAUUACCAUUAUUCAUAUCAUGCACCACCUAGCCCGCAGCCUCCCUCAGCCCCUGGUUCCUCUGCAUAUUCAGGAUAUUACUAUGGCCACUGCCGCCAAGGAUGAUGACCUGUGUCCUGGUUUCUUUCGAUAUUUACCUUUUUUUUUUUGGUUAUCCAUUUCUUGGGUACCAAUAUUUAUCAAA